AUGGUUCGACGGGGUAACCCAAAGUGGCCUGAAGACGCCGCCGAGGGGUCCGGGAAGAGUUUUCUUUUCUGCCUGAGCGUUCGAGUUCCAUGGAAUCCUAUAGAAGGGAGAUAUGGUUCGGAACGCGAAGAGCACCGCAUUUGCGGCGGUGUCCGGAUACUCUCUGCGGACCUUGAAAAUUCAGGACCGGGGCGUGUCGGGUUUGGACGGGAAGCGGAUGCGGCCGGUGCCGGGCCUGGUCGAUGCUCGCGCUUCGCGCGCGUGCUGAAUCCGGACCCGCGCUCCGGCCUUCCGCGGAUCUUCCUAGCCGUAAGGCCGCGUCGUAGGCUCGCUCGUCGCUCGCGACGUGGCGGCGUCUCGGCGCGGUUCUAUACGACCGCCGUUCAACGGUCAGCUCAGAACUGGCACGGACAAGGGGAAUCCGACUGUCUAAUUAAAACAAAGCAUUGCGAUGGCCCUCGCGGGUGUUGA